AUUACUAAGGAAACCAGCUGAGCCUGAGCCUCUCUUGUGCAAACACUCCCACACACACACAUACAGUCACCAAACAGGAAGACUAUACCUGUUUGGUGUGAGCUGGCUGGGAACUGUCAGAGUUAUCUGGGAAAAAGAAUUUGAAUGAUACCAGAAUUAGGGCCAGUGGCACCGCAGUGAAGAACAAGUUUGGCAGAGACAUACUGCGAAACCCAUUCCUGACCAGACCAUCAACAAACAGACAAGGACUCCUGAUUUUACAGGUAGAAAGAGUUCAUGGCAACAGUCUGCUACCCGUGUGAUUAUAAAACCUGGGAUGGUGCUCUCUAACUGACUCCUACAAGCCUGCAGCUAUCGACAAUGUUCACCCCCAGAAAAAACAGUCUCCCGUCCCCCAGCCUAGAGGACUCCUUCUUUCCUCUCUCCUCAUCCUCCUCAGUGUCACUCUCCUUUGCUCUCCCCUCAUCCACAUCCUCUCCUGGCAGCAGUGACAGCGGAGGAGGGAUAGAGACGGAUCUGAUACUAGCUGCAGAGCUGGGACAGGCUUUACUGGAGAAGAAUGAGGAGCUGGCAGCCUCUCUGGAGCAGAAGGAGAGAGAGAUUGAGGCUUUGCAGCAGGAGAAGCAUGUUCUACACAGGAAGCUGGAAAUUAAUGAACUGGCAUCUGGGCAGAGGGAUGCAGAGCUGACUGCAGAUUUAGCUGUCUUGAGGGCUGAGCUGGAGCGACAUCACAGCCAGGGGCGCGACCGGCGAAGGGAUGAGAGCGAGCAGCUGACUCAGUUAGCCAAUCACAACCAACGCUUGGUGGAGCAGCUAGCAGAGGCUGUAACACUGGAACAUUCCUUGAGGACUGAGCUUCGUUCCCUCAGAGAAGCUAUGGACGAAUCAUCUUUCAGCCGAAAUAUCAACUUCACACAGUUAGAGAACAUUCAAGCAGAGAACAGAGUUUUGCUGGAACGGCUGUCGAACAUAGAGGUACAACUAAAGGCUUCACAGGAGGACGGCGAUAGACUCCGCAUGGAGAGAGAGACACUGAGAGCCAGACUGUCAGAAACACAAACAAAACUGAGAGAGAAAGAAGGAGAGUUAGAGCAGGAGCAGGGAGUGGUGUUUGAGUUGCGAACCGUGAAUCGCUCUCUACAGAAAAAAGCUCUGAACUUGGGAGAAGAAAACAUUCUGGACAGUACACAAACAGAACCUUUGUCUCUGCAUAGUGAAAUUCAGCAAUCACAGGCCAAAGAGGCUCUUCUAGCUCACUCCACAGUCCUGCAAGAAAGAGAUGAAGAGAAAAAAGCGCUUACAGAGGAGCUACAAUCUCAAAGAGAAGAGCUGGAGUCUUUGAGGGAGGAAAUCAAGCCAUUUAGAAGCAGUCCUGGACAGCCAAGUUACAGUUCCUUAGAGAGGGAAUUGGCCAUGGCGUGUCAGGAGAAAGAAUCGCUAACUCAGCAGCUUCUCAACACCAUCAAACACAAGGUGGCACUGUCUCAAGAGCUGGAGACCUGGCAGGAGGACAUGCGGUUUGUGAUCAAUCAGCAGGUGCAGCAAAGGGAGGAGGAGAGACAGAGAGAAAAACAGAGAGAGAAAACCAACACAGUGGGACUCCAAAGAAGCAAGUCUUUAAAAGUGAAGGGAGAGGGAGGGAAAGGAUUCUUCUCCUUUUUCAAAGACAAAUAACA